AUGUCUGAGAAGAAGUUAAGAAGCAACCACACUCCUAAAGCUAAAUGGUCGUACAAGGAAGACCAACGCCUAAUCGAAGCUAUUAAGAAGUAUGGAUUUAUAAAAUGGAAUGAAAUAGCUAAGAUUGUUGGUGGCAGCAGAAACGGAAAACAGUGCAGAGAAAGGUGGAGGUUUGCACUUUCUCCAGACAUCAAUAACUCGCCAUGGAACGCCGAAGAAGAUGCUUUAUUAAUAAAACUUUAUGAAAAAUAUGGAAAUAAAUGGUCUACAAUUGCAAGAUUCCUAGAUGGAAGAUCUGCUAUUAAAGUAAAAAAUAGACUAAAGACCUUAACAAAGAACCAGAGUAUGGAUUGUGAUUCAAAUUCCAAUGAUGAAAGCCCAAAGACCACUGCAUUACAAAUUCAAGCUGAUCCACUCAAAAUAUACGACACUGCCUUUGAUUUCAAUACUUUUGAUACUUCUUAUGAAGUUUUUCCGGAUAAUUUGAAUAUUGAAUGA